AUGGUUAAUCAAGUUCCAAGGGCACCAAGGACGCUGGUCGAAAGGGAUCGUGAAGAUGGACACAACCGUUUAUGGAAUGACUAUUUUGCUGAUCCUCCAGUGUUCCCUCCAAACUUGUUCCGUCGGAGAUUUCGCAUGAGAAAGCACGUCUUUCUCCGUAUUGUGCAUACUUUAGAAGAACGUCAUCAGUUCUUUCAACAAUGGCAAGAUACUACUGGUAGAUUUGGAGCAUCAGCAUUGCAGAAAUGCACCGCGGCUUUAAGAUUACUUGCAUAUGGAACUGCUACUGAUUCCGUUGACGAUUACUUACGGAUUAGUGCAUCUCUUGCGCGAGACUCCUUACAACAUUUUGUUGAAGGAGUUGUCUCUUAUUUUAGUGAUGACUAUCUGAGAAGACCUAAUGAAGAGGAUAUGGCCAGACUCCUACGAGAUGGAGAACGUCGAGGCUUUCCAGGGAUGAUGGGAUCCAUUGAUUGUAUACAUUGGCGAUGGAAGAAUUGUCCUUUAAGAUUGAAUACAUUGGCGAUGGAAGAAUUGUUUUCCAGGAGAGCUAAUAAGCCCACUUUGAUUUUAGAAGCUGUGGCAUCACAAGACCUUUUGAUCUGGCAUGCUUCUUUCGGGACGCCAGGUAGGUGUAAUGAUAUAAAUGUUCUUGACAGGUCUCCAUUAUUUAAUGAUAUAUUCGAAGAUCGUGCACCUUUGGUUAACUAUAUCGUUAAUGGCCACCAAUACAAUAUGGGAUAUUAUCUCACUGAUGGUAUAUAUCCUACAUAG